CUCUAAUUCUUCUUCUCUUUCAAUCCUAUCAAUGGAACCUCAUCAAUUCCUUAUCUUCUUCACAAUAUUCACUGAAACUACUUGAUAUGUCUUCUCAGCCACCACAACCACCGCAUCUCCACAAGAAACCCACUUCCUUCCCUGACGUUAUCUUCACUGCCUUUUCUCUCUUCGUUAUCUUCUCUUCUUCAAACCCCACUACUUCCCUUCUCCGUAAAUUCACCCCUCUUGUUUCUUUCCCUUUAAACCCCCGUAGAUUUCUCAGAAUUCCCACUAUGUCAAACCCAUCUCCCAGUAAUCUUCGUAACCCUAUUCAUCACUUCCCCAAUCCCCAAUCACUCUCCGAUUGGCUAAGGCCACGUAUGCCUUCUGAUUCUUUUGCUGCUUGGGGGGUUAAGCCGGGAACCAAGAAUGUUAGUAAUCUCUGGCUUGAGUUGUCUGAAGGGGAGACUUUGCUGGCUGAUUCUACGCCGCCGGUUCGAACUGUUGAGGUUAUGGUUGUUAAGGUUAUUGGAAAAGACAAUAAAGUCCUUGUUGAAUCGCACCAAGAAUUGUCGGAUGGUGCUGUUAGGCAUAGGUGUAGGCCGUUGUCGGAGAAGAUGAAGCCUGGUGAGACAGUUGAAGAUGCGGUUUUUCGGGCUGUGAAAGAAGAGCUUGGUUCAGUGCUUGGUGGGUCUUUUGGUGAGCUCAGAGAGAAUGGCAUUGUUAAGAUUUUGCCCAAUUCGUAUUCGAAGAAGGUGGAGGAAGGUGUUUCAGCGUCGUAUCCUGGAUUGCCUGCUUGUUAUGUGUUGCAUACAGUGGAGGCUGCAGUGGAUGGUUUGCCUGAGGAGGAGUUUUGCACAGAAGAGACUGAUGAGUAUGGAGAUUCUAGUGAGAGGAUGGUCGCAGAUGGUGCAGUUUCAUGUAAAAAGCAUUACUGGAAGUGGGUUGAUGCUGAUUCGUUGUGAUCGAUGGUGUGGGAGGUGAGUUUGAGCUCUUGUCCUUCCAAGAUUGAAUUUUUGACUACUACAUACAUGGUUCAAUAAUAAAGAUGGCUUCCCUGAGACUUGCGGUUGAGUGUCUUUAUACUUUAUAGGAUAUUUAGAUACAGUUACAUAGAAGAAUUGCUUGAUUUAGCUUUCUAUUCAUGUUAAUAUUCAUCUCAGGUAUUGAGGAUUUAAUAAUUACUGCGUGUAUAUCUUUCUAACAGCGAAAACUUCUUGUCUUGUCCUGACUUCUGAGAAGAACAGGAUGGCAUUUGAAAUUCAAUUACAUUAUACUUAUGGUGCUUCCAAGUGGGAAUAACUUGAUGAUUAACAUCUUAAAUACAACAUGUUUGCUUUGUUA